UCCUCCGCGGUAGACAUGGCGACGUCCCUGAUCUGCGGCCGUUUGACGGCUAGCCUGAGAACUUCAGGGGCCAGAAACUCUCUCAGCUCCGCCACCAAGGUUCUCGGUGGUUCUUCUGGUCUGUUCGGAGGCCAUGGGUCCCAGCAGCAGCCUCCCCACCUGCAGCAGCAGCAGAGGAACCUUUCCCUACACGAGUACAUGAGCAUCGGCCUGCUCAAGGAGGCCGGCAUCUCCGUGCCGGCCGGCAUGGUGGCCAGCUCCUCGGAGGAGGCCUACGCCGUGGCCAAGCAGAUCGGUUCAAAGGACCUGGUGGUGAAAGCUCAGGUGCUCGCCGGUGGCAGAGGAAAGGGGACGUUUGAGGGCGGACUGAAGGGCGGAGUGAGGAUCGUCUACUCACCAGAGGAGGCCCGGGACAUCUCAUCCCAGAUGAUCGGCCGGAAGCUGUACACCAAGCAGACCGGGGAGGCGGGUCGCAUCUGCAACCAGGUGUUCAUCUGUGAGCGCAGGUAUCCACGCAGAGAGUACUACUUCGCCAUCACCAUGGAGAGGUCCUAUCAGGGCCCGGUGCUGAUUGGCAGCUCGCAGGGGGGCGUGAACAUCGAAGAUGUUGCGGCGGAAAACCCAGACGCCAUUGUGAAGGAGCCCAUCGACAUUGUGGAGGGCAUUAAGAAGGAGCAGGCUGUCAAGGUCGCUCAGAAGAUGGGCUUCCCGGCGGCUCUGGUGAACGAGGCGGCGGAGAACAUGAUCAAACUGUACAAUCUGUUCAUCAAGUACGACGCCUCCAUGGUGGAGAUCAACCCCAUGGUGGAGGACUCCUCCGGCAUCGUGAUGUGCAUGGACGCCAAGAUCAACUUUGACUCCAACGCAGAGUACCGCCAGAAGAAGGUGUUCGAGAUGCAGGACUGGACCCAGGAGGACCCCCGGGACCGGCAGGCCGCCAAGGCAGACCUCAACUACAUCGGCCUGGACGGAACCAUCGGCUGUCUGGUGAACGGAGCCGGUCUGGCCAUGGCCACCAUGGACAUCAUCAAGCUCCACGGCGGCACACCGGCCAACUUCCUGGACGUGGGAGGAGGAGCCACAGCCCAUCAGGUGACCGAGGCCUUCAAGCUCAUCACCUCCGACAGGAAGGUCCAGGCCAUCCUUGUCAACAUCUUCGGAGGCAUCAUGAGGUGUGACGUCAUCGCCCAGGGCAUCAUCAUGGCUGUGAGAGACCUGGACCUCAAGAUCCCCAUCGUAGUGCGGUUACAAGGCACAAGAGUGGACGACGCCAAAGCUCUGAUCGCUGCCAGUCCACUGAAAAUCCUGGCCUGCGACGACCUGGAUGAAGCCGCCAAAAUGGUUGUUAAGCUUUCUGAAAUCGUCUCUCUGGCAAAGGAAGCUCAAGUGGACAUCACCUUCCAGCUGCCCAUCUAAGAAACCCAAGCACUUCCACCUCCACCUGCCCCCUCAGACACCCACAAAUCCACUCCCAAGACCGGGCAGCAGGACGGACCUCCCCGUUUAGUUUCUUCUUCUUUUUCUGGCUCUGUGGCGCGAUGGCACGACUGUGAUCCGGUUCCACCUCUUCUUCCCCCCCCAUCGUCUCUAACCCACAAACUUAUGUUGCACUUCAGUCGAUACGCACAAACCUCCACCUUUAAAUCCUCCUUCACGCUCCUUCACCAGCCGGUCCGUUUGCUUCGGUACUCGUCGGGAAGCGCUCUUCCUUUCGACCUUUCUUUAAAAAUGUUGAAAAAAAACGCGGCAGCCGAAGCAUUUUUCUGCUCGAUAUCAGCUUCAGCGUGUUUGUCACUAAACAGGAAUGUAACGGAAUAAGGAAUGAACUCGUUCGCCUUCAUGUGAGACUUUGUCCAUCAAAACACACAAACUGCCCGACUUGAGCCGCGACAUCGGCUUCAGGAAAUGGCCUCAAUUUUCUCCUCAGCGAGAGAACAAUAAACAACACUGCAGCAUUGAUUCGAUAAUCGUGCUCAGACGCAGACAUUGCUUCAGAGAUUGUGCCGGUUUUUUUUUUUUCCUCCCCUCCUGCAGGCCUCGGUGUUAUUUCUGUACCUCCUAUAAGUGUUCAUCAGCCCAUUCAUUACUCACAGAACAGAUGCUUGCUUCUUCUAAAGCUGGAGACUCGACUCUGACGGCGUUCAGGUUCACUGUCGAGCCUCCAGAGACGAUAAAAGAAUAAAGGAACUCUUCACUGCCGGGUUAGUUUAUCCUCAGCUUUGAGGAUCUGUUUGGAAUCUCGGCUGUGGACUCUCAUCGAUCGAUGCGGGAGUUUUCGCUCGUGUGCCGUCACGUUGAACACAGGUGGUACAUCACAGCCGAGUUGGUUAAAUAAAUGGAUCGCUCAGUGUUGAGCAAUUCAGAUGAGUCGACCGGAUCCUAUUUAGUGGAGGCACAUCUGUGAUUUUUACACUUACGAAGAAGAACACACGUCGUUAUUUGGGGUCGAUGGUGGCGUAAAUCACCACAAAUCCAUCUCGAACCGUCAUCGUAGCUUUAUUGUCACUAAAGUCUGGUGUUUGGUUGAGUUUAGACACCUGGUUAAGUUAAAGAGAGGAACAUCAGCUCGCUUCUACGUGUUGCAAAGCUCCAUCUCCUCCAUUUUCAGGGUGACACCUCCUCGAUUGCCGACUUUAUUGAGGUUACUGUCUGCUUAUCAGUGAUCAGAAUGAAUGAUUAAGCACCUGCUGGGUCCAGCAGAAGGUGGAGGAGGUCUGUUCUAGUUUGUAUACAUAAGGACGACCUAUGAUUGUUAUAGCGGUCUAAUGGUUUGAUGAUCCAGUAAACUAGCGUGGCGCUACGUCUCCACUCGUUACUCGUUAAAUUUCCAACUAAAUUCACCGUCAUGCAAAGUUCGUUGACGUAAACAGCAGGUGGCGCCACUUCUCCGGUUUAUGUCGCCGUUUAUUAGCCGGCUCUGUUUGCACUUUGUUGAGUUUUGCUUUUAGUGAAGCUGCAAAGAUUCUUGCAACUCCAAAAACAAACACCUGAUCAAAAGGCUUCGAGCGCUACGAAACUGAAAAGAUGAAUUGUUUCUGAAAUACCCGCAGCUGUUUAUCAGCACGCAGGUUUAUGGAAACACAUUGAUUUUCAAAAAUCUCUGCACAAUUAAUGUUACUUUAAAAAAAGGGGACGAGCAGAAAGUUGAGGCUGAUCUCCGUUUUUUCAGCCCAACAUUAAAUCACCCGUUAAUCGAGAAAAAACUACUGCCACGAGUUUCGUUCUUUUUUGCUUUAGGAUGUUAAAAGUUACAAGAAAUGGACUGUCGCCUGGUGGAGCCACUGGAAAUUUGCGUUCUAUUUAUUUGCUUUACUGCAGCGGCUGCUAACGUCGUGCCGUCGCGCCACAGUGAGGUAGCAGCUUUCUUUAAGAGUUUUUUUUGUUUCGUAACGUCAGGCGGGUCAAGUCCUCUCAGUCGAACUGUAAAACUUUCUUUCCCUUCCCUCCUCUUCCUCCUCCUCCUCCUCCUCAUCUCUCCUCCUCCAGCGCUCCAGACACAAGCCGACAUCGUGGGUUGUACGUCAUUUAUUUUAUCUUGUAAAUAACCAAACUGAUGUUCUCGCUCUGUAAAAUAUUUAUGCUCCCUGCGACGAGUACAACAAUAAAUACAGAGAACACCAA